AUGGUGUCCAUGUUCCGGAGCGAAGAGAUGUGUCUGACACAACUUUUUCUACAGGUGGAGUCUGCCUAUUGCUGUGUGGCAGAACUUGGAGAGCUGGGUCUGGUUCAGUUCAGAGAUUUGAAUGCAAACGUGAACAGCUUCCAGAGAAAGUUUGUGAACGAAGUAAGAAGAUGUGAAUCCUUGGAAAGGAUCCUUCGCUUUCUGGAGAGUGAGAUGGGGGAUGAUAUACUGCUUCUGAAGCCUGAAAAAUACCCAGAGACUCCACUACCUCGAGAAAUGAUUGACUUAGAGGCAGUUUUGGAGAAACUGGAGGGGGAGCUGGAAGAGGCCAACAAGAAUCUGCAGGCCUUGAGACAGAACUUUCUAGAACUCACUGAACUGAAACAUCUCCUGAAAAAAACUCAGGACUUCUUUGAGACGGAAACAAAUUUGCCAGAUGAUUUCUUCAACGAAGACACUUCAGGGCUGUUGGAGUUAAGAAGCUCUCCUGCAGCAGUUGCUGCAAAAUUGGGAUUCAUAGCCGGUGUGAUCAAAAGGGAAAGGAUGGUGCCUUUUGAGCGUUUGCUGUGGAGAGCCUGCCGAGGAAACAUCUAUCUGAAAUUCAGUGAAAUGGACACACCCCUGGAAGACCCUAUUACUAAAGAAGAGAUGAAAAAGAACGUGUUCAUUAUCUUCUAUCAAGGAGAGCAACUCCGACAGAAAAUCAAGAAGAUUUGUGAAGGAUUCCGUGCCACAGUGUACCCCUGCCCUGAGUCCGCUGGAGAGCGUCGAGAAAUUGCUGCUGGUGUGAAUACAAGGAUUGAGGAUCUAAACACAGUGAUCACCCAAACUGAGUCCCAUCGGCAGGGGCUGCUGAAGGAAGCAUCAGCAAACCUGUGGAGCUGGGGGAUCAAGGUGAAGAAAAUGAAAGCCAUCUACCACAUCCUGAAUUCUUGUAACAUUGAUGUCACCCAGCAGUGCGUCAUUGCUGAGAUCUGGUUCCCCGUGGUAGACACAAUCAAUAUAAAAAGGGCUCUGAAUCGAGGAAUGGAACGUAGUGGCUCUACGAUCAACCCAAUCCUGACUGCAAUACAUACUAAGAUGUCUCCUCCUACCUUUAACAGAACCAAUAAGUUCACUGCAGGUUUUCAAACUAUUGUAAAUUCCUAUGGUGUGGGCAAUUACAGAGAGCUUAAUCCAGCCCCAUACAUUAUAAUCACCUUCCCUUUUCUGUUUGCGGUGAUGUUUGGCGAUUGUGGUCAUGGUACCGUUAUGUUGGCCUUUGCUCUCUGGAUGAUCUCCAAUGAGAAGUCCCUGUUAGCCCAGAAAAGUGAUAAUGAGAUCUGGAACACCUUUUUCAGUGGCCGCUACCUGAUCCUACUCAUGAGUAUCUUCUCCAUCUAUACCGGCUUCAUCUACAAUGAUUGCUUCUCCAAGUCAUUCAAUAUAUUUGGGUCUUCCUGGCGUGUCCGCCCCAUGUACAACAAUGGUGUAUGGACGGAUGAAAUUGUUCAUAAUGCAGGGAUCCUCCAGCUGAACCCAGUAUCACCGGGAGUGUACUCUGGAAACCCAUAUCCUUUUGGAAUUGAUCCGAUCUGGAACAUUGCGAACAACAAGCUGACUUUUUUAAACUCCUACAAAAUGAAGAUGUCUGUUGUCAUGGGGAUCUCACACAUGGUCUUUGGCGUGGUGCUCAGUCUCUUCAACCACAUUUAUUUCAAGCAAACCAUCAACAUCAUCCUGCAAUUCAUUCCAGAGAUGAUUUUCAUCCUCUCCCUCUUUGGUUACCUGGUUUUCAUGAUUAUUUUCAAGUGGUGCCAAUACGAUGCCACUGUCGCCCAAGAUGCCCCAAGCAUCCUCAUCCAUUUUAUCAACAUGUUUCUGUUUAGUUACAACGACAAGACAAAUCUUCCCCUAUACGAGCAUCAGCAAGAAGUACAAACCUUUCUCGUCAUUUUUGCCCUGAUUUCUAUUCCUUGGAUGCUCUUGAUUAAGCCCUUCAUCCUUCGAGCCAGGCAUCAGAGAGCUCAGCGUAUGCUGGUUUCACCUGGACUGUCAGAGAGCCCCACUGGAGACAUUGAAGUGGAGAUCAUUGAGUCUAACUGUUCUAAGAAAACAGUUCAAGAAGACCACAGUGCUGGUGAGCAUGGAGGACAUAACGACCAUGAGGAAGAGUUCAACUUUGGAGACAUCUUUGUUCACCAGGCCAUUCACACCAUUGAAUAUUGUCUCGGUUGCAUUUCCAACACAGCUUCUUACCUUCGGCUCUGGGCGCUGAGCUUGGCUCAUGCACAGCUCUCAGAGGUCCUCUGGGGCCAGGUGAUGAUAAAUGGGUUUCAAUUCAGUAACCGGAUAGGACUCAUUGCGGUCUUCAUCCUCUUUGCCAUCUUUGCUGUUUUGACUGUAGCCAUUCUACUGAUCAUGGAGGGCCUCUCUGCGUUCCUGCAUGCACUGAGGCUUCACUGGGUGGAGUUCCAGAACAAAUUCUACAUUGGGUCAGGUUAUGCAUUUACACCAUUCUCUUUUAAGGCCAUCAUAGAAAGAACAGAUGAAUGAAACUGGUUUAGAGCAUGGAAGUCUAAAAUCCUCAAGAUUGCUGCUGCUGCUGCUGCUCUUUUCUCCUUCGUACCCUCAAGAUUGUCUCUCCAUACCAAAAGGGAGGGAAACCCCUCCAUGUAAAGGGCCAAGGGCAGACUGCAACAGAGCUUCAUGUGUGGAGCUCCCAGUGUAAUUUUCUUUUUGUUAAAGUAGCUACAAGGUUGGGAGGGAUUUGGAAUGGAGGACAGGGUCUUUCCCCCUCCCCAUGAUGCAGAUCCUCACCUACCCUCAUCAUAGCUGGUAGCUGCAGCUAAGGAACUUGGGGAGGACGUACAUGUUUAAGCCUGCAGGUUUUCUCUUCUGUGGAUAAUAGCAGUUAGACACACGUGCUUCCAUGCUGCAGCCCUGAUCCAAAUUGGGAUUGCCUCUGCCCACCGUGGCUGCUUUCAACAAAAUAAUAACAUUAUGUUGGUUGCUGAAAACAUGGAGUGUCCAAUGUAAUGUGUAGUUUGGCCCUUAAUAUUAGGGGAAAGGAUUGUCGCCUAGCCUUCUGCUCAUUAUGUCAGCUUUCAAGAUGCAGGGAAUAUUUUUUUGUAGAGAGGCGCAUUUAGUCCUUUGAGCCUCUUCUGCACUCUGUAGUGGUACAGCCCAAACACAGUUUUACCAUCUCAGUGAGAACUAGGCCCUUGUUUUCUCUGAAUGCAAUACAGCCUGUCCACUACUGUAGCACACCCAAGCCAAGAGCAGUGGUGGCUGGGGGCUCCAUGUCAGUGGAAUAGUCAGCACCUUGGACAGCUGUUUGAAAGUUUGGACUAAAACCUGGAGUGGAUUCCACUGACAUGGAACCACCAGCCCUUACUGGCCAAGAAGCAGGCUUAUGUUGAAUUGUAUGGCCAAAGUGUGGCUCCUCCUAGUCUCCAAAAUCCAGCAACAUUAUGUACCUCCAGUUACCAGGGGUGUCAAGUAACUCUGUUACAAAUUGAAUUUGCCAGUAGAUGUGCGUUUUUGCCCUCUGCAGAACCACAACAGAAUAUAAUGGCACUUGCAUAGUUUCAUUGCGAGUUCAGAAAGCUUUCCUUGCAUUGCAUGUCCCAUGAGUAAGUAAGUGCAGAUGAAGUUUCCUGUGGUGCAUUGUGUCAUGCAAGGACAAAUGACCUUGGCGCAUGCCUUUCUGGCAUCGUAGGCUGCAGCACCAGUUUUAAUGAGACAGAGGCCUCCUGGCUAAUGUGACCUGUGAUGUUAGUAAAGCAUCACACUUGUGCAGGAGGCAUUUGUGCAUGCCCAGUAUAGCCUACAAUGCUGGAGAGCCAAAUAAACCCACUGUGUCUUAGGGAUUACUCCAGAAGAAACAGCAAAUCUAGAUUCUGAAACAGCUCCUGGAUCAAUCAGAAAGUUCAUUCUGCUUCUGCAAGAAAAGGUCAGGCCUGAAGAAUCUUUUCCAGAAUGAAACCAUAUCUAGAGCUUAGGCUCUGGUCUCUUGACUUCUGUGACUAAAUAAUUGCAUAGACUUAAACUCAGAAGUUGCAGUUUUUCCUGUUACUGGGUCGUUAUGAUGGGACAAACUGAACCUUCCAGUAUUCUACCUUUUACAUAAUUAUUAAAGGGACAGCAACCCUUUCCAAUAUUUGCAUAAGCCAGGGAUGGGAAACCUGUGACCCUCCAUACCUUGUUGGACUACAACUCCCUUCAUUCCUGAUCCUUGGCCAUGCUGGCUGUGGGUGGUGGAAGCUGAAGUCCAAUGACAUCUGGAGGGCCACAGGUUCCCCAUCCCUGGUGGAAGCAGAAGAAGGGCUUACUAAGAUUAAUGGGGACAUAUUUCCUGUAAGUACUCUUAGGUCUAGAGCUCACAUACUCCUGUCUUUAAUUUCCUGCUCUUACAGCUGCUAACUUAUAGGAAUGUAGGGAUUCCUUUUGAAGCCUUGUGUUCACAAUAUUAAUUGCAGUUGUGGUAAGAGGAUGUGGCAUGUUGAAACCCAUUCAGAAAAACCUAGGUCUGUAAUAGGCCAUUACUUCUCUACUCCCAAAUGACAUGGUGUGAGCAACACAUGGCCCAUGUAUUGGGGGGGGGAAU